AUGUCCGCAAUUGUCGCAUUCAUGAAUGAUAUUGCAAUGGGUUGUAGCACCAUUAGUGAUAGGUUUUUCAGAGUUGGGUCGAUUCAGAGUUGGGUCGGAACAGUCAGAGGUGUCGGAAAUCGGAAAUCAAAAGUUUUUUCGGAAAUUGUAAGGAAAAAAACACCGGAAAUCGGAAUUCCGACCCACCUUUGCCACGAUUUUAGCUUUAUCGAUUGGGCUGUUGUCUGGAUGGUUGCUCCUUGCGUUUUUUUUACCUUUUUUUGCGGACGAAAUUUACGGAUUUUCGGUUAUGGGACGAAGUACACUUUCUUAGGGAGGUGAAGAACUCCCAAUCAAUUUGACAUAAGCAUUUUUUAAUUUUAAUGUAAGCGGGUCUCUUCCCUUCCUUACAGAGUCAUUCGGUAUGGUGCAGUGAUGCCAAACGCCAAAAUACCAAACAGUCGUAAUACCAAACCCCCAAGUAGAGUUGGGGUUUUCGAAUCGUACCGAUGUUCGAGUCAUUUGUUGGGCCUCAUUUUUAUCGGUACCGAUCCGACCGGGUCUUUUUUCGGGCUAAAAUUUUGAUGCACGACUUGAUUUUUUGGAUCGGACGGGGCCACCAACUCGCUUUGAUCUCAAAUCUUUUUUAAAGGUUGAAACUUUUGAACGUGAAAACAGAAAUUUGGACAUUAGAGAAGGAAGAAAGCACACAGCAGAAUAUGAAUUGAAAGGGCAUAGACGUGAAAGUAGUGGAAAUAGUGAAAAUUCUCCGUCACGGGAUUAUAAUUGAAUUUUUUGAGAAUUAAUUAAUGGUAUUAUAUUUUUUUUAAUAUUUGGGGGAGAACACGGAUUUAUAAUGGAGGAUCUAAUCCUUUUUUGCUGACAAUUUUUGUGGGAUUUUAUGGAUAUUUUUUAAAUUUUUGCGAAUUUUCAUUUUGACGAUUUUUGCAGUUGUCUUGACUUUUUGCGGACAAAGUUUGCGGACUUUUUUCUUUUAACCUUUUUUUGCGGACUAAAUUGCCACAUAAAUUUGCGGACUUUUUUCUUUUAACCUUUUUUUGCGGAUUUUUACUAUAAAAUGUUGCGGACAUUUUGCUAUACUCUUUUUGCGGACAAAUUUUGUGUACUUUUUAAUAUAAAAUUUGCGGACUUUGCUGAUUUUUCUGGCCUAAACUUGCGGACUUUUUUCUUUAAUCUUAUUUUUUGCGGACAAAUUUUGCGGACUUU